AUAUUGGUAAUUCUUCGGGACUUCUACCAAAAAACAAUCAAGUCAAAGUGGGAUAAUUCUUAGUAAAGCCUAGUACUCAGAUCCUGGCAGAAGCAGGGAUAGUAUUCGGAUGAAACCGUUAAAAAACUUGGCCGCAGACGCCAAGGGGACUGUUAUCUACACGUCAGCUUGUGGGGAACGAUUAGGCCAAACAAAAGACUCUGCCUCAGGGGCAAUCACAGACAUAAAUUCGAUUCAGUUGCAGUUGCCAGACUAUCGAGUCCGGUCGCAUAUUCUCCAAGGCCAAGCGUACAAGUCAAGAGUUUGCAUAUUUUCAUGAGCAUUUUCCGACUCGGAUUUGAACUGUUAUAAAUCCAAAGCCAAGCAAGAAAACCAGCAGCAGCACUUCUUCAAGCUAUAGAAUUGAAAGACAAGCUAACGACUAUGGGAAAUGUAUUCGGCAAUCUAUUUAAUGGCCUCUUUGGCAAAAAGGAAGCGAGAAUAUUGAUGGUCGGUUUGGAUGCCGCUGGUAAAACCACAGUUCUGUACAAACUCAAAUUAGGCGAAAUUGUUACAACGAUACCUACCAUUGGUUUCAAUGUGGAGACUGUAGAAUACAAGAAUAUUAAAUUUACAGUGUGGGAUGUGGGCGGUCAAGCCAGAAUUCGUAAAAUGUGGAGGCAUUACUGCGUGAAUACACAAAGUCUUAUCUUCGUUGUGGACAGCAAUGACCGGGAUCGUAUUGAUGAGGCGAGAGAGGAAUUGAUGAGCAUGCUAGCGGAGCACGAGUUUCAAGUCUUACUAAUAUUCUCCAACAAACAGGAUCUACCGAAUGCAAUGAAUGCGGCUGAAAUGACCGACAAGCUCGGUUUGAACGCACUCAUAAACCAAAACUGGUACAUUCAAGCGACGUGUGCAACUAACGGCGAUGGACUCUACGAAGGACUCGACUGGCUGUCCAAUCAGCUCAAGCAUGUUAAUCGCUAAUUAAACCAACACAUAAACUACAAACACAACAUGAAAAAUACACAAGCAAUGCAGCAGCAGAGAGAAUGAAAAACCACAGCAG